AUGCCUCCAGGAGACCGCCUGAUGGGCGGAGGCGGGACACUCACUCGCGGGUCAUGUGAGCGUCAUCAGCGGCUUUCAGUUCCAGAGUGCAGCGGGGGGAACCCGGAGCGCCAUGUCACCACCGGUCGAGAACUGCACUCUGCCGGGAUGAACAAGUUGGAAACCAACCGCGGAAGCUGGACUGUGACAGCCACACGGACAGGUAAAGUUUCUAAAAAGACUGAACUUUGACUUUAUCCGUAGAAAUCCUCAUUUUGUGUUGUUUUUGUCUCACGUGAAGCUCGUUUUCGAAGAGCUAACGUUGCAGUUAUCGGCGAUGCGCCCAUUAUCGGACAGCUAGAGUUUGCAGCGAAGCGUCUAUUAUCGGACAAGCCUUGGAAAUAUAUUGACAGCUAUCACAAAAUCGAAUAG